GUUUUCGUGCAGAAAUGACAAACAAAGUGGCGAUUCGUCGUCACUGGCUUUAGUGAUGCCGCGCGUACGGACAGACAGGCUCCGGCCAGACGAGCACCUCGGCGCAUGAAACGUACCCCAAAGAUGAUCUGGUGACACAUUCAAUGCCAUGAUGAGGACAUAUACUCGUGGGGCACCCACGGUGUUUUUUAUAAAUUUACUUUAUUUAGUUGUGGCCCACUCUGUCCGUGCAGACCCUGGUGCAGGAAUUCUCUUUCUCAAUGGCAACUUUGAUGGCCAUCCCAUGCUUUACUUCAGUAAAGGAGAUUUAGUGGAGUUACAGCAUAAAGCACAAAGUUCACACUGGCAUAUUGCUGCCAAAAUCCAGGAGGCGAGUGAGACAAUUUUAGCGCAUCCUGAGGAAUAUCUACCUCCUUGGGAUCCUGCGGAGUUCAGUGGUCGUUGGAAUGAAGUCUAUGGUAACAACCUUGGAGUGCUUUCCAUGUUUUGUGUACUGCAACCAGAAAACAAAGAAGCUCUGGAUUUCACCAAGAACUACAUGGAAAGGAUGGCAGCUCAGCCUAGUUGGUUGGUAAAAGAUGCUCCUUGGGAUGAAGUUCCUCUUGCACAUUCUCUUGUUGGAUUUGCUACUGCCUAUGAUUUUCUUUACAAUCACCUGAGUAAAUCACAGCAGGAGCAUUAUCUGGAAGUAAUUGCCAAUGCCUCUAGGUACAUGUAUGAAAAGUCAUACAGUCGAGGAUGGGGUUUCCAAUAUUUACACAACCAUCAACCAACAAACUGUGUCGCCCUCUUAACUGGGAGCCUUAUUCUUAUGAACCAAGGUUAUCUUCAAGAAGCCUAUUUAUGGACUAAGCAAGUUUUGUCAAUAAUGGAGAAGUCACUUGUACUCCUUCGUGAAAUUGCAGAUGGAUCCUUGUAUGAAGGAGUGGCAUAUGGCACAUAUACAACAAGAUCCUUAUUUCAGUACAUGUUUCUUGUCAAGAGACACUUUGACAUUAGCCACUUUGAUCAUGUAUGGAUUAAGAAGCACUUUGCCUUCAUGUAUAGGACAAUCCUUCCAGGUUUUCAAAGAAGUGUUGCCAUUGCAGACUCAAACUACAACUGGUUCUAUGGUCCUGAGAGUCAGCUGGUUUUUCUGGACAACUAUGUAAUGCGCAAUGGCAGUGGAAAUUGGCUGGCACAGAUGAUCCGUAAGAGCAGAGUGCUAGAGGGGCCAGGACAAGCAGGAAAGGGCCAGCGGUGGUGCACACUUCAUACGGAAUUCCUCUGGUAUGAUGCAAGCUUAACACCAGUGCCCCCACCUGAUUUUGGAAUAUCAAAAUUACAUUAUUUUGAUGAUUGGGGUGUUGUGACCUAUGGUAGUGCACUGCCAGCCAACAUUAACAACACAUUUUUGUCAUUUAAAUCUGGAAAAUUAGGUGGUCAUGCAAUAUAUGACAUUGUGCAUAAAAAUAAAUACAAGGAAUGGGUCAAAGGGUGGCGCAAUUUUAAUGCUGGCCAUGAACACCCUGAUCAGAAUUCUUUUACAUUUGCACCCAAUGGGGUGCCAUUCAUCACAGAAGCACUAUAUGGACCCAAAUACACCUUCCUCAACAAUGUGCUAAUGUUUUCCCCGGCAGUCUCUGAAACCUGUUUUGGGCCAUGGGAAGGCCAAAUUACUGAGGCCUGUAAUUCCAAGUGGCUCAAAUAUAAACAUGGCAUAGCAGGAAAUUCACAGGGUAGAGUUUUAGCUGCUUUAGAAAGGGAUGGGAUGGUAUUUAUUCGUGGAGAAGGAAUGGGUGCAUAUAAUCCUAAUCUAAGGAUAAAAAGCUUCCAGAGAAACCUGCUCCUUUUGAACCCUCAAUUAUUACUGUUGGUGGAUCACAUUCACUUAGAAGAAGAUAGCCCAGUUCUGUCAAUGAGUUCCUUCUUUCACAAUACAGACCUGCCAUUUGAAAAAACUCUUAUUGAUGGGGUACAUGGAGCUUUCAUUAAGAAUAAUAAUGACUUGUAUAAAAUGUUCUGGAUGGAUGACAAUGGAUACAGUGAUAAAGGUGAUCUUGGGUACAAAAGUUACCCACAAGGCUAUCCAUACGAAGGAUCUAAUUUUGUGAAUGUAACCAUGCCCCUGAGGAAUCCCAUAACCAGGACAGCAUAUAUUUUCUUUGGACCAGAUAUAGAUGUUGAGAGCUUUAGUAUUCGUGGGAAUACAGAACGAAUAGAUAUUUUCUUAGCCAUUGGAGAACACACAUACACUGUGUACCUUCUUACAGGAGAGUUCACUAGCAAACCUCUAUUCGCUAUGGUUCUCGCAGAUCGCAAAAAGAUUGUUUUUGAGAAGAGUGCAGGAGUCAAAGAAUCACAGUCUGCAGAAAUCAGCAACUAUGUGCGCCUGGUUGAACAAAAUCUUCAGCAUGCCAAGCCUGUUUUUCAGCAGCUGGAGAAGCAGAUUUUAGCCCGUGUUUUAAACACAGACAAUUUUAGAAAGACAGCAGAACGUCUUUUGCAAUUGUCAGACAAGAAGAAGUCUGAAGAAGUCAUUGAGAAGAUGUUUUCUCUUUCCAAAAAGCAAAUCAAGGCAAAAAACCUUAGGAAAGGGAGUAUCACGGAUAGGUUGGUGGAUAGCCUACCUGACAUCUUUAGUCAAAUGGAGGCUACUGAGAAUAAGGCAAGGCAGAAAGCUGCUAAAAGGAUAUAUGAGGAAAACCAAGAAGAAGGAGAAGCAAAUUUUAGAGACUUCUUGGAUUAUGCUGGCUUUCCACAUGCCAAAGAUAGAAGAGUCGGAAUUGUGAAAAAAUAUAGGAAUAAAGAAAUCCAGAUGAUUGCUACAGCAAAAAGCACAGACCCUUCAAUUUCAGCAUCCUACAUUCGCCUCUUCCUUAUUUUAAACAUUGCCACCUUUUUUAUGUUAUUGACGUUAAUGGUGACGAGAUUUCAGAAAACUCAAAGUCUACAUGCUCAGCGAUGCUUCUAUGCAAUUCUUCUUCUUGAUAGCUUUAUUUUGUUAUGCUUGUAUUCCUCCUGUUCACGUAAACAAUGUUAAAGUUGGAAGAUUUUGCAGAUUCCUGUUAACUAAAUGGCUACAUAUCUUAAAUCAGGAUGAAAGAUCAUGUUUAACUUUGUAAUAUUGUAUGAAAAAGAAUGAAAAAGUGUUGAUAUUUAAGAAAUAUACUGAAAAAGAUGUUUUCUAUACCAAACAAAAUUAUAUUCUUAUAAAAGAAUUUUGAUAGAAAGAAAAUUGAAUUGUAUAUACAAUUUGUCUGUUUUGUACUGAAAUGCAAAGUGAAAUUUUACAUGACUCUAAGCCAGAAAAUUUGCAUAUUAUCACAUGCAGUGUAGAAAGCAUUUCUUUUUUCAGUUUAAAAACAUGCACCAUUGUAGUUUAUUUGAACUCAUCAGCUCAUUUUUCAUGUGUUGUACACAUUGAGCUUGUACUGUCACACACUUUAGCAAUACACAGGGGUACACAUCAGUUUAUUGAUAAGUCAAAUACAUCAUUUCAGUAUUUACAAGUAUUGUCAUGGUCAAGCUGGACUGCUCUUCAUUCUCAUGACCUUUACUUGAGGAACAAGAAGAAAAAUGCUUUUAGAUUCAUAUUAUUUUAACAGUAAUUUUAGUAAAAGAAAUUAUUUGUGUUAUUUAAAUAUUUUCCAUUUUUCUAAUGUAAAUCACUUCUGAAAGCAUGAAAAACAAAGAGAACACAUUAACUGUUUUUAGCAGAUAUACAGAUGUUUUGUCUCAUGCAGUAACAGACUUUGGGGCAACGUGCUGGGCUAGUGCAGUGAAACCUAUAAUGAAGUAAAUGUCAUGCUGCUGCUCUUAGUUUACAGGGUAAUUUCCUUCAGUUUUAAAGAUUUCAUUUCCUUUAUCGUUAACUAAUGAUUUUCUUUUUACUUUUUUGCAUCCACCUCAUGUUUGCUGGUCUGUUUAGUGUUUUCACUCAAGUAGUGCCAUAUUGCAAAGUUUGUAAUUUGUGUCUGUACAAAGUGUGAUAAGCAUAAACUCAGGUGAAGCCUUGCAUAUUCUUGAUGAACUAAAGUGCUAUUUAAUAUAAAAUUACCUGCGGUAUAAGACUCUUUCAGCAAAUGUUUUUAUGAGCACAGUAUAUUCACCCAGCCCAGACCUCCAGUGUUCUCUUAAAUGCAUGUCUUUUUUUACUGCUUUCUCCCAGCUGAUCACUUUAACUAAGGCGUUUGUUUGGCCAGUUUAUUUUUUUUGAAGAGUGCAUUUAGGUGGUGUAAGGAGAGGGUGAGGGAACUUUUUUGUUUUUAAGAUGAAACAGCAUCCAGUCUGAUAAUCUUUACGAAUAUGGGAUUAUCUUGCAACAAUCUGCUGACUUUGUCUGUUGGCUAUAUCUGACAUUUAUUAAGAGGUGCAAUGCAAACAGUUAUUUCAAGUGCACCCCAGUCAUCCCAACCUGCUUAGCUGCUUUUGGAACAAAUCAGUAAAUUGAAGGAAUGGAAGAAAAUGUGCCAAGUAAGUAGGAUUCUGUACUGAACUCAACACUAUACAGUAUCUUUGCACAAACACCACAUUUUUAAUAAUAGUAAUAUAGAAAAAGAUGAUCUGCUGUGGCGACCCAUAAAGGAAGCAACUGAAAGAAGAAGAAGUACACAAUUAUUAUUCAGUCAAUAGCAAAAACCUCCACAGCUAAUACUGUAUAUGUAAUGUAAGUGUAUAUUAAGUGCCUGAAAGUGUCUUAAAUUGUUUUUAUAUCUUUGAUUAGGUUUAAAACUGUUCAGCUUUUCAGUGAAUGUUAUCGUAUUUAUUGUGAAAGAUGAGUAUAUUUCUUAAAUUGAUUUCUUAAAUAAAUAAGUUAUUUCCAUUCCACAAAUAUGAAAAAAUAUUAAUAUCAAAUUCAGAUAGCAUGUCAAAAAUUCUAAAUUCAGAAAAGCAAUCUUUACUUUUACAUUAAUAUAAGAACCAGUUGAAUUUACAGUCACCACAGAAAGUGUUUUUUUGAAGAUGAGAUAAGAGAUACAGUAAUUGCUGUUUCACAGGACUUUUACCAGCAUUAUACAGUUAUUAUAUGCAGAUGUUACUUUUUUUUUUUUUUCCAAGAGCUUAUAUCACUUUAUUCAAGGUUAUUCAACCACCAGAAGAUGUAAGGCUAAUGUAGUCUGCAUAGUAUGAAUUUUGCUGCUGUAGCUCUUUUUAAAUGGUACUGAAAAAGCUUGAAACAAUUUUAAAUACCCAAAGUUUUUGACAGAUAAGAACAUGCCACAAAAUAUAAUUAAUAUAAAUUACAAUAAAGCAUUUCUUAUAUUUUUAUCUUAAGUAAUGAACCAUUUCCAGAAUCAUAUGUAAAUGAACAUCUGCACAGUGUAAACAAUUUGAAUGUUAAAUGUGUGUAUUUUGUUUCAUCUAACCUCAAACCUACUUAAUCAAAAAUAAUUUUCCAAGGAGUAUUGUUGGAAAAAAGUGUCAUGCAUGAGCAUCAGAUGGUCAUCCUCUGGACUGUUGUGGGUUAUGUGAUACCAUCGCAGGCUGGGAGGGGGCACGGCGGCUAACAGUCUCGUCUUCCCUUUCUCCCUUAGCAGACGCCCUUCCUGGCCCACAGAGAAUAAAGGCGCGACGGUGUGGAAGGAGGUGUCUGAUAUAAACCAGAGGAGCUGAGAGAUGGAGAGAUCCCAAUACAAAAGAGGAGAUAAAGUUAACCCUUUGGUAGCCAGUGUUAAUUACAGCUGUCUCUUAUUUUGAUGUCACUGUGUUGUGUUUUUGUUCAGUCUUAAGAAGUAAACAGGGAUGACUGGCUUGACAUCCCAAAAUUUCUUCACACCUGCAGAGCCUUAAUCCCUUGGAGCAUCACAAAGGAAUAAUAAAUAUUUGUACUUGGCUUUCA